AUGACCAUAUUUAGUUACUUAGAAGCAUAUCGAGAUAUUAACAAUAAAAAUCCACCAUUAGGCGCAGUGGAAUAUUCUUUUGUUUACGUUAAAGAUGAUCUUGGUAUCCGUUUAGGUCAUUCAGCUAUCCCUUAUCUGUUAACAA